AUGUACGUCGUGAAGCAGGAUGGGCGAACGGAGACGGUGCACUUCGACAAGAUCACGGUGCAGCUCAAGAAACUCAGCUAUGGGCACUUCGACAAGAGCACUGCGACCCCGUGCUCAUCGCGCAAAAGGUCUGCGUUAGGGUAUACAUGGGUGUCACCACCAGCCAGCUCAACGAGCUCGCCGCCGAGACCGCUGCCACGCUCACCGCCUCCCAGCCUGACUAUGCCUCCGUACGUUCCCUCUUUUGAUUUGUCUCUCCCCUUCCGGUCCGUUCCGUUCCCCCCUCACGGUGCCCGUGUUCAUGUCUCUUGCCUGACGUAUGUGCGUGUGUGGUUCUUCUGCAGCUCGCGGCGAGGAUUAUUGUGUCCAACCUACCGCCAAGUAGAAAUAGUCUGUGUGGCGCUCGUAAAUAAAGAGCAUUCCUGUAGAAAGGUACAGGAAAGAAUAGGAAAACUUGUGUCAUUUUCUUUGGUCUCUGAAAAAUAA